AUGGCCGGCCCAACUGCUGUCACAAGGAGUAAAACGGUCACCCCGUCCCUCGUGGACCCCGACCAGUCCCUCAAGGCCUCCAAGGCCCUGCUCGCCCACAUCAAGAAGUCGGCCAAGGAGAGCGCCGUCGCCCCCGGGAAGAAGAACCUGCUCGAGGACGCCGACGAGGAGGGCGCGGGCGCCGACACCCCGAUCUUCGUCACCCUCACCACCAAGCGCCACAUCCGCGACAGCUCCCGCCUGCAGCCCAACAAGAUCGUCCUGCCCCACGCCCUCAACACCGACCCCGAGACCACCAUCUGCGUGAUCACGGCCGACCCCCAGCGCCACUACAAGAACCUCGUCGCCUCCGACGCCUUCCCCGAAGAGCUGCGCAAGCGCAUCACUCGCGUCAUCGACCUGACACACCUCAAGGCCAAGUUCAACCAGUACGAGGCCCAACGCAAGCUGCGCGGCGACCACGACAUUUUCGUCGCCGACGACCGCAUCAUCAACCGCCUGCCCAAGGUCCUCGGCAAGGUCUUCUACAAGAGCACCAUCAAGCGGCCCAUCCCGGCCGUCUUCCAGAAGUCCAGGCAGAAGGUCGACGGCAAGCGCGUCAAGCGCGACAAGGCCAAGGCCGGCGACGACGUCAACUCGCGGCCCGCCGCCGAGGUCGCCGCCGAGAUCGAAAAGGCCGUCGGCGCCGCCCUCGUCAACCUGUCGCCCUCGACCAACACGGCCGUCGUCGUCGGCUACGCCGGCUGGAAGCCCGAGCACCUGUCGGCCAACGUCGAGGCCCUCGUCCAGCAGCUCGUCGACAAGCUCGUGCCCUCCAAGUGGGACAACGUCAAGAGCGUCUUCAUCAAGAGCCCGCACAGCACCGCCCUGCCCGUCUGGCAGACCGACUCGCUGUGGCUCGAGGGCAAGGACGUCGUCGAGGACGGCUCCGAGGCCGCCCGGGCCAUCGAGGACAAGAAGGAGAAGGCCAACGUCGGCAAGAAGCGCAAGAGCAUCGAGGCCGCGGGCCCCGGCGAGGGCAAGGAGGAGGACGAGGAGAAGCCCAGCAGGCCGGCCAAGAAGUCCAAGAAGGCGGCGGCGGCGGCGGCGGCCGAGAGCAACGACGACAAGCUGGACAAGUCGAUCGCCGAGCGCAAGGCCAAGCUCAAGAAGCAGAAGAGCGCGGCCAAGAAGGCCAUGGAUGCGUAG